CCGACUCGCCAGUUCAUCGAGGACGUGGACGACUACAUGAAGGGCAAGGACUUCGAGCAGACCAUGCGGGAGCUCCAGACCCUGUUCCAGCAGUACAAGCAGAUCGAGCAGGGCCUCCAGCAGAACCGCAUCCGCCUAGGGAACAAGCUGCCCGAGAUCAAGCGCGCCCUCGACACGGUCAAGCUGCUGAAGGAGAAGUCGGCGUCGGGCGACGAGCUCGACAUGGACUACGAGCUCACCGACAGCGUGUUCGCCAAGGCGAAGGUCAAGGACGCGCAGUCCGUCUACCUCUGGCUGGGUGCGAACGUGAUGCUAGAGUACUCGCUGGACGACGCCGAGAAUCUGCUCCAGACUAAUCACGAAAACUGCGCGAGAAACCUGGCGACGAACAAGUCGGACCUGGCGUUCGUCAAGGAUAACGUGACGAUCACGGAGGUGAGCAUCGCGAGGGUGUACAACUGGGACGUGAAGCGGCGGAAGGCGGCGAAGGAGGCUGAGAACAAGUAG